AUGUCUCAAACAACCAAAGAAAACCUCUUGCUCUUCGGAGCCACCGGGUAUAUUGGCACUUACAUUACAGAACAAAUUGUGGCCAACAAGUCAUCCUUUGGCAAGAUUGCUUUAUUCACAUCCGCAAACACGGUGGAGAAGAAAACGGAUGUUAUCAACAAACUCAAGAGUGCUAGUGUAGAGGUCAUCGUUGGCGAUGCAUCAAAAAAAGAAGAUGUUGUUAAGGCGAUGCAAGGAAUUGAUACCGUCGUCAGCGCCGUAGGACGGACGGCCAUUGCAGUGCAAAUUGAUUGGAUCAAGUGGACUACAGAAGCUCCAUCAGUCAAAAGAUUCUUCCCGUCCGAAUAUGGCACCGACAUUGAGUAUAAUGCGGAAUCUGCAAACGAAGCCCCUCAUCAGCAAAAGUUGAAAGUUCGUAAAGCUUUGAGAGAAGCGCAAAAUCUUGUUCACACUUACGUGGUCACCGGUCCAUAUGCUGAUGGUCGCAAUGGGACAUUUUUCGGAUUCAAUCCAGCAAGAGCUGAGCUUGGUGGCUUUGAUGUCAAAGGCAAAAAGGCCGUAUUGACUGGCGACGGAAAUGGCAAGAUCAGUUUGACUGGUUUGGUGGAUGUUGGAAAGUUGACGGUGAAAGCUCUCCUCCAUCCAGAAGCUACCAAGAACAAGGCUCUCAAAGUCAACUCGUUCACAACUACUGGCAAUGAGAUCGUUGCCGAGUUUGAGAAACAGCUCGGUGAAAAGUGGGAUGUCAGCUAUACCAGCUUUGAGAGACUUCGCGAGCUCGAGAAAGAGGCAUAUGCAAGGAAGGAUCCUGCCGCAACGAUAUUCACCCUUCGCAGGCUAUGGGCAGAAGGUGGUACUCUUUACGAGAAACGCGAUAACGAUUUGAUUGAUGCUAACGACAUGGAGACGUUGGAGGACGCUGUGCGCGCAUCCAUCAAAGCGCAGCAAUCUUCUUAG